GAUUUAUCAGCUAACAAUUGAACUAUAUUUUAGGAAGCAUGCUGGUGUUCCUCGUGUUGUUUGGCGUGGUUGCCGGAAGUAUGGUAAACCUUGACCCUAACAACCUGGACCAGAUCAUUAAAGAUAACCCUCUUGUUAUGAUCAACUUCUCCGCUGGGUGGUGCAGGUACAGCCAGGCACUCAAACCUAUAUACGAGAAAGCUGCCGAUUCGCUUGCAAGUGUCCAGGGGGUUAAGCUGGCGUAUGCAGAUUGUGUGGCUCACAAUGACAUCUGCUCCAAGUACCGGGUCAGCAAGUACCCGACUAUGAAGUUUUUGAGAAGUGGAGAACUGAUGAAGUCUGAGUACAGAGGACAGAGGUCGGUUGAAGGAAUCACUGAACAUAUCAACAAGUUGAUGGAGGAUCCAGUCAAGCAACUCCACGGGGAUGAGGAAUUCAAAAUGUUAAAGUCAGAGAAAAAAACAAAGUUUGUAUUAGGCUAUUUCGCCAGCACUAGCAGCUACGGUUAUGAAGUCUUCAAGGGUGCUUCUCAAUCCAUGUUGGGACAGUGCGAUUUCUACGCCAUGACCGGAGAUGAUGCCAAGCCUAAGAUAGCUUCCCAUGGUGGCCAGGAGAAAGUUUUCCUUAUCAACGAUGUUAACGGAGAGAAGAUCUACGAAGGCUCUGCCACAAACCAGCCCCAACUCUCGACCUGGGUCAAGGAGAACUGUGUACCUCUUGUACGUGAGAUCACAUUUGAGAAUGGCGAGGAAUUAACAGAGGAAGGACUACCGUUUGUAAUCUUAUUCCACGACCCAGAGGAUCAGGAUAGUGUCAAACUGUUCACUGAGAAAGUAGCGGAGUGCCAGGAUCUGAGAACUGGAGUUAACUUCCUUCACGCUGACGGUUUCAAGUUUGCUCAUCCCCUCAGUCAUUUGGGUAGGAGUACCAAGGAUCUUCCUGUCAUUGCUAUCGACUCCUUCAAGCACAUGUACCUGUUUCCUAAAUUCGAGCAUGUAAAGAAAACAAAGAGGUUGAGGAGGUUUGUUGAGGAUCUCCACUCUGGACGUCUUCAUAGAGAGUUCCACGGAGAAGUCUUCAAAGAUAGAGUUGGUGAAGAUGACGAACAACGUCCCCCACCCAAGAACGCAAAAGAGGCUGCUAAACAAAUUGCAGAGGACAAGCAAAAACGCGAGAAAAGAGAAGCGGGCACCAACCCUCCUGAAUCAGUAUUUAAGAAACUUGAGCCAAAUAAGAACAGAUAUUCUAUCCUCAACAAGGAUGAGUUGUGAGGAUAUUUUAACAUUUGCACUAGUUCAAACCCAGCAAAUUCUCUUUCAUUUCAUACCUCGGAUUUAUUUUAUCUCCAGAUUACAGUUUUACUCAAGUCAUUCUCGCGGUUUUAAUGAAAACCGAAAUAUGUAAUCUGUUCUGCAGUAAAUUUUUGGCCGUGAUCGAGAUGACUUGCUUUUGAUUUGGGGUUAUAUCAUAAGAUGGUGUGGCAUUUAUUGCUCUCCAGCUUUAAAUGAAAAGAAACUGAUUCGUUUGAACAAGUAGCGAAAUUUGUAUCUAGGGCUUUAAAGUUACUACCAGUUUCUUGAAAAAAAUUGUCAUCAAUUUAAUUCUCAUUCAGACUAGUUAAUCAAAUUAUUGGAGUGUUAUUUUAAACUGCAUGAUUGAAUGAGUUAAUGUCAUUCUGCACUCUAAACUGGCUGUGUACUAAAUCUUGACCAUUUUGGUCGUAUUUACAUGGCUACAAGCAAAACUGGGUAAUUAAAGCAAUAUGAGCUAUUAUACCGAUUGUACACGUUUUUGGAAUCAACUUUAAGAAAAGAAUUUUGAGCUUUUCGUGGAAUACAUUUUUGUGGAUUAUGAAAAAUUUUGGAAUUGAUUAUUAGUCACUUAUAUCGAGUACUGAUGCGAUGUGCAUUUAUCAUUUAUAUUUUAGUGUGUAUCUCCUGUCUUGUUAGAUUUAAAAUUUAGCUGGGUAGAAAUUAGUUAUUUAAGGAGCUAAGAAACUAACAGAACCUAUUUUCAUUAAUGUUAGUUAACUUAUUAUAAUACGUUUAAGAAAUUGAUAUUUUGAUGGAUGAAUAUUGAUCGCCGAAAGUUCUGUUUGACUCGAUUUUGAUAUCAGAAUCAAAAUCGCAUGAUUAUGACCCGCAUAUUUUCAACACCGAAAAUUACACCAAGUAUAUGAAUUCUGAUCUCUUCGCAGUUUAAUAUUAAUGAGUAAGAGGCCUAAGAGGUUUAUUUUCCAAUGUAUUGUUUUGUUUAAAUUGUAUUUAUUCCACUAGUUCAGUAUACGUACGAGUUUCCUAUUGCCAAA